CGGUUUGCGAGUUUGGCAUGCGUCGCUUGGCCAUCGGCGCGCUCACGGCGGCUGGCCUCUUGCGCCCAUGUCCCUAUGGCAACUACAGCUCAACGUAUUCAAGGGACGGCUGCAUCGGCGACGAGGUCUUCUGCAUUGUCGACCGCGCCUGCUUGGACACGCGAGGCUACAACAAGGGCGACAUCCUCUCCGACAGCGACAUGAGCCAGAGCUCGAUCACCGUCCUAGACUCGGCGGAGCACAUGGCACAGCUGCCACGAACAGCGGCCCUCGACAUGUAUGUGUUUGAUCGAUCCGCCCACGCUGCAGGGUUCGUAGCACGUUCCACGCCACCACGAUCCGCAGCGUUGGCGACCUCUCGUCGGCCACGAACACCCGCGCCAUGUAGGUUUAUGCUCCCAAUGAGUGAUGUAGCAGGUGCACUCCAUCUAGUCACUUGGUCAACGUCGUGGGCCUGGACCUGGCGAAUGCAGUCUUUCCGUCGUCGCUACUCGAGUUGUAGCUCCAUCUCUGGUUCACGUCAAGAGAAGCUACCAAAAGGACUCUUGUACAGCCGACUGCAAGCACUGAAUGCUGACUCAAACCGACUCACACAAGUGGCAGACCUGGACCUGCGCGGCGCCAGCACAGUUCGCUUUGAUCUCAACCCGAUCACAGUCCUCUCCAACGUGUCGUUCAGCUCCAAGCUCGAGAAACUCAAUCUUGGCGGGUUGCACCUCACAACGUUUCUCGUGGACCCGGAAUCGUACGACGCGCUGCAGGACCGCGUCACGGACGUUGGCAGCAUCGACGUGUCAAAUUGCGUCUUCCCAAACGCUGUGCGGAUCCUGCAGACCAAGACGCGCUCCGUGUCCGUGUGUGUGACCCCGGAUUCGAUGCUGUCAAGUCGACCUCAGAGUCUGCCGACGACCCCGAUGACCUCGACAGCCGCAGUGGCCACCUCGAGUGGUAGCGAAGCGCCAGUUCUUGUCGGCGCCGUCGUUGGUGUCCUACUUUUGCUUGUGUUGGUGGUGACGUGUGUUCGUCGACAACGACGGUCGCGAGUUAUGAAAGAGGCAAGCAACUUUGACGAGCUAGCAACGGCCACGUCAGGGUCCGUGUCGUCACUUCAACUGAACUUUGACGACUUGGAGCUCCUGCGACUCGACGACCAAGUCUUGGUCAAAUCGUCGUUCGUCGCAGAAGGCGCGUUCGGCCAAGUGUGGCGCGGCCAGUACCGAGACGACCCCGUGGCCAUCAAGACGCUCUUACCCGGCCGGGCAUCGCGCGACGCCAUCGUCAGCCUCGUGAGCGAAAUUCAACUGGCCGCCAAAAUGGACAGUCCGUUCAUCGUGCGCCUGCGGGGUGCCGCCUGGCGCAUCCCCUCCGAGCUGCAAAUGGUCUCCGAGUGGAUGGACAGGGGCGACCUCAAGGUCGUGCUCGAGACGUCGCUCUUGCCAUGGGAAGAUAAAGUGGCGUGCAUGCUCUCGAUCGCUGAAGGGCUAGUCUAUUUGCACUCAAUGGAAGUCAUCCACCGGGACCUCAAGUCGCGAAAUGUGCUCCUCGACUCGGUCAAGGGCACGAAGCUCGCCGACUUUGGUGCAUCGCGCGAGAUGACGACCGAAACGAUGACAAACGGCGUCGGCACGUACCGCUGGAUGGCACCCGAGAUCCUGCGGGACACGCACUACACGUCCGCUGCCGACGUGUACUCGUUCGGGGUCGUCCUCUCGGAGCUCGCGACCCACCGGACGCCAUACUAUGACGUGUGCAACGACCAAGGCUACCCACUCGCCGAGACGGCGAUUAUUAGCCGCGUGGCACAAGGCGUGCUCCAGCCAACGAUCCCACCCGAGCUGUGCCCCCAUUGGGUGCGAGAGCUAGCGCUCGCUUGCCUUUCGAUGGCUCCAGAGGACCGUCCGAGUGCCAUUCAAGUCGCCCACUGUAUCGACACCCACGCGUCAUACGACCGAUGAAUACAGCUCUCCACCUUCGGUCGCCUUGG